GCAAAAUGUCUCAACCAUCCCUCUUUUGAUCUUCAAAGGUGGUAACGCUCAGUUUGGAGCUCACUCAGCUAUGCUAUGGCUACCCACCCCACAGUACAUAAAGAGCUAACCCUGUUCUUCAUUUCAGGUUUUUAAGUGCCUGGAGCAGAGAGGAGCACACACAAGUAAUCAUCCUAUCCUGACAUUGCAGGAGAAAUGGUUGAACCUGUGGGUAACCAUUAUGUUAUAGCCAGACCUGUAUACUCGGAGAAUGCAUUCAAUGAAGAGCAUGAGAAAUUGCACAGAUACCAUAAAACCUUUUGGGAUCACCUGAAACUCUAUUUUAGCUGCUCCCCACAAAGGGUCAAGAAAAUUGCUUUGGGUUUGUUUCCAGUCAUUUCCUGGCUGCCAGCAUACCGCUUCAGGGAGUGGGUCCUGAGUGACAUCAUCUCUGGCAUCAACACGGGGCUGGUGGCUGUGCUGCAAGGUCUGGCCUUUGCUUUGCUGGUGAAUGUCCCCCCCAGUUAUGGACUCUAUGCAGCAUUCUUCCCUGUCCUGGUCUAUUUUAUCUUUGGCACAUCGAGACAUAUCUCAGUGGGUCCCUUCCCUGUCCUGAGCCUCAUGGUGGGAGGAGUCGUCACCAGGCUGGUCCCUGAUGACAGCACUGGGAAUGGCAAUUCCACAAAUACCUCAGCAAUAAACGAUGAGAGGGUGAUGGUGGCUGCAUCUGUAACCUUCCUUUCUGGGGUUGUUCAGUUGCUUCUGGGAAUUUUCCAGUUUGGAUUCAUCGUUAUUUAUCUAUCACAAUCAUUAAUCAGUGGUUUCACAACUGCUGCAGCUAUCCAUGUUUUGGUAUCUCAACUGAAAUUCAUGUUUCAGCUACCUGUCCCUGGAUUUAAUAAACCAUUUGGCAUUAUCUAUACUCUGGAGAGCAUUUUCAGCCAGAUCACAAAAACAAACCUUGCUGACCUUGUCACAUCACUGAUUGUCUUGCUUGUCGUGUUUGUGGUAAAAGAAAUGAACGAUCGAUACAAGGAAAAGUUACCAACUCCUAUCCCGAUCGAACUCCUUGUGACAGUCUUAGCAGCACUGAUUUCCAAUUUUGCCAACUUUGAAGAAAAAUUUGGAGUAGCUGUUGUUGGAAAGCUAGAGGAAGGGUUUCAAGCACCCGUUGCACCUGAUGUAGGCAUCCUCCAGAGCUGUAUUGGUGACGGCAUUUCCAUCGCAAUCGUCGGGUUUGCUGUGGCCUUCUCCGUGGCUAAAGUGUAUUCCAUCAAGCAUGACUACCCAAUAGAUGGCAACCAGGAACUAAUUGCUUUUGGGCUGGGUAAUAUAGUUGGUGGAUCAUUCAAGGGAUUUGCCUCCAGCACUGCUCUGUCAAGAUCAGGUGUGCAGGAGAGCUCAGGAGGCAAAACACAGAUUGCUGGCAUUAUCUCAUCUGUCAUUGUUUUGGUUGUGAUCUUGGCCAUUGGGUUUCUCCUGGCACCAUUACAGAAGUCAGUCCUUGCAUCUUUGGCUCUUGGCAAUUUGAAAGGGAUGCUCAUGCAGUUCAAGGAAGUGAGCAUCCUCUGGAGAAAGGACAAGUAUGACUGUGUCAUAUGGGUGGCAACUUUCUUAGCUGCUGUCUUUCUUGGCCUGGACAUUGGACUAGCAACAGCUGUGGCAUUCCAGCUGCUGACAGUGGUGAUCCGCUCCCAGAUUCCAACCUGCACUGUUUUGGCCAAUGUUGGGAGAAGUAACAUCUACAGAAACAGGAAGGAUUACUCUGAUAUCUAUGAGCCAGAGGGAGUGAAGAUUUUCAGAUGCUCCUCUCCAAUCUUCUUUGCUAAUAUUGAAUUCUUCAGAGAGAAACUCAUCACUGCUGUUGGCUUCAACCCACUGAGAGUCCUGAGGAAACGCAAUAAAGCUCUGAGGAAGAUCAGGAAGAUGCUGAAGAAAGGAGAGCUACAAGUGACACCGAAAGGCUUGAUUUGCAUGGCUAACCCUACAUAUGAGUCAGAUGAGGAGUUAGACAACAACAAGAUAGAGGAGCUGGACCAACCCACCGUCAUGACAGACUUGCCCAUUCGGAUCAACUGGGGCAGUGACCUCCCCCCUGGCAUCACUGUGCCCCAGGUCAACCUCCACAGCAUCAUUCUGGAUUUCUCAUCAGUGUCCUUCCUUGAUUUUUCUGCUAUGACAGUCCUCCGAAAGACACUGAAAGAAUUUGUCCGGCUCGACAUUGACAUUUACAUUGCUGGGGCACAUGAAGGUCUCCUGGACAAACUGGAGAGAAGUGCAUUUUUUGAUGAAGAGAUUAAGCCAUCCAUAUUUUUUCUCACCAUCCAUGAUGCAGUUUUACACAUUUUGCUGAAGAAGGACACAGCCAACUCCCCCAAAUUAAAGAUUGCUGAGGAGAAGGGUAGGAGCAGUGACUACGUCAUCAUCCCCAGGAACGGACUGCGCAGCCGGGAGUGCACAAUUCCAACAGAAACAAAAUUUUAGACUUCCUAAGUAUAAUAUCCUCCAGCAACAAAGUAUCACAGAAGAUGAAUGUGGAUGCUGUGAUGAGCAUGAAGACAGAAGGAUACUUUCAAAUACCUUAAGAAGGAUUUACUACAUAUGGUUAUGUUCCAGGUUUUGGAAUGGGCUUGUUAGUCUUUAUGUGUCUCUGUAUAUAUAAAUGUAUUUAUGUAUAUAUAUGGAGGCUAAAAUCACACAGAUUUUCUUAUUUCAUACCACAGUUUGUAGACAACCUGUACAGUUACUUGAGAAUCUAUAAAUAUUUGAAAUCUUGUAUUGGAUACCACAGAAUAAUAGUUAGGACUGAUAUUUUAUCUUCAACAUGUAUAUAACUUAUAUAAAGUUUUCUUGAUGGUUUGUAAAAUAUUUAGUAGACUGAGUUAAACUUGCUCUCAGCUUACUACCACAAGCAUAAGCACAGUGUACAUAGUGACUAAUGUAUCUAAUUAUGAAGAUUGUUCAGGAAAGAGACAGGAUUUUCAGAUCAAAACAUGAUCCAUUGAUUUGGACUGGGCUUGUGUAAAGUGCACAAGGGAGGAUACAUUUAUAGUGCACCACUGUAUAUACAUAUACAAUAUGUACCUCCAUGGCUUCAGCGACUGUACGGCUGCAUUUGUCCCUGCAUCACCAGGGUAGCUCAUGGUCAGUGAGACCCAGCCUGUGACAGACACUGGCCCCAGAACCUGGCUGGAGGAGCCCUGGGUGUGGAGCUGCCACUUGGGCAGGCUGAAUUGCCUGGAUCUGUGGGCAGACAGGCAGGGGGCUUCAGCUUAAAGAGUCUGCUCUGAUACUCUGCACAACCCGGUCUGCACAACUGCCGUCAACAACCCCUGCUGGUAGUCUAAGGCUUGAAGAUGAACAACAUCACAACACCCAAUGCCCAAAGUUACAGAACUUUUAAUUUCACAUAACAAGUGCUAGAGGUAUAAAAAUCUUCAGCCUAGAGGAAAGUGGAACCAUUCCUGGAGUCUGAAAGAAACAGCACUCAGAAAUCACAAGAGUUUUUAGAUUUCAAAGCCUAGUUCUGACUUUCAGUCAAGCUGGGGUGGCCAGAAAUGUGCAUUUGGACUUCAAGAAGGGCUGGAGGGAAGGAGAUAGUGUUCUGUGCACACCAGAACAACAAUCUUUAUCUUCAGAGUAUGCAGGGGUUAAAACCAAAAUCUGUACAAUUUCUUUUUUUUUAAUCUGGAGUUAUGUGAUGAGCUCUGCUAAUGAACCAAGGUGUAAGCCAGCAUUAAAAUCAAGGACAUUUUGAAUAUAGAAAGAAUUAGGUGAGCUUGAAGACAGAAGUUCAGCUUUCAGGAAACACUCAUGCAUUUGCAGAUGAGUAACAAGCUGUGGUUCUGUUGUGGGUGAUCGUGUGCCUGACCUGGUGUGGGAGAUGUGGCCUUCAGUGGCAUCACAGAGAUGCUGCUUCCUGCAGACACCAGAUGGAUGGUGAGCAGCUGUGCAAACCCACUGCUCUUCUGAGCGUGCCACAGCAGAUCCACGGUACCUGUCCUGUGCCAGAUAAUCAGCACAGCCAUACCUGAAGACAGGUACAAUUAGCACACUGCCAAAUUGCCCUUCUAAUGCAGUCUUCCAAAAAACAGAGUAUAACACAAUAGAUCUUUCCACAACAAGCAAGUUAUUUGGUCACCACAACAUAAAAAAGGUAUGAAACUACUACAGAGUGUCCAAAGGAGGGCAAUGAAGAUGAUGAAGGACCCUGAGAAGAAGCUGUGAGUGAGGAGUGGCUGAGGUCACUUGGUCUGUUCAGCCUGGAGGACACUGAUGGGAGACCUCACUGCAGUUACAACUUCCCCAUGAGGGGAAAAGGAGGGGCAGACACUGAACUCUUUUUUGUGGUAACCAGUGACAGGACCUGAGGGAGGCUUAGGUUGGAUAUUAGAAAAAAGGUUUUUCCCCCACAGGGUGGUGGGACAUUGGAACAGGCUCUCCAGGGCAGUGGUCACAGCACCAGCCUGACAGAGUUCUAGAAGUGUUUGGACAGUGCUCUCAGGCAAAUGCUGUGACUCUUGGGGAUGGUGCUGUGCAGGGCCAGGCUUUGGACUUGAUGGUCCUUGUGGGUCUCUUCCAACUCAGCACAUUCUGUGAUUCUGUGAUACUGUGCAAUGCACGGGGGAAAUAUCACUCUAAAUACUCUGAACUUCAGGACUGAGCUCUCCAGUUCAAGAAAGAUGAAAUCAAAUGUUAAUGAAGAAAACUGUUAUAAGGAUCUUUGUAAAAUGGAGACCCAGUAUCUAAAGACUGACAGUAAAAGAAAUAGAUACAGGGAUUUCACCUAGGAGAGAGGGAAAGUUAUGCAAGAUAAAAAAAUAAUAUUGUUCUGCAAGGAGAAAAAAUGAACGGGCCAAACUUAAACAUGAACGAGAUAUUAGAAGAUUGUUCCUCAUUUUCACAAUGGUGAGAUCCUUUCCAGGUAGAACAAGAACAAAAAACUAAACUGCUUUUAAGAUAAGACUUAAACAUGGUCAUGAAAAUCAUGAAAAUCCUGAUACCACGUCAUAGCAGUGCAAUCUGAACUGUCAGACUCAAGCUGUUCUUUUCAGUCCUGUGCUCAUAUGUACCUAUACAGACCUAGGCAAACUUCCCUAUCAAAAGAAAUA